ACUUGUACAUGUAUAUGUAACUGUGACUAUAUAUUACUCGACAUUCUCUGAACAAUUUCCCAUGUUGUUACAUCAACAUGGACGUCCGCUGUAGUUUAAUUUGGUCAGUUUUGUUAACUGUCACCAUUUCCUCUGGUCAGUGUUGUCUUGUAGACAAUACAUGGUCCUUAAAAUCUACCUACGACUUGCUGGACAUGGCCGAUAUCGUUGUAUAUGGCCGAGACACUAAACAUGUUGAAAGGACUGGGGUACACGUAUCAUCUGUAUUCAACAAUGUGACGGACUGUCUAUUCCAAGUGUACUGUGUUCUAAAAGGGAACGUCACAAACGAGGAUAUCAUCAUAGAACACAUUAGUCCAUUGUCAGCCUGCUCCGGUUCAAGAGAAAAACUCAACGUGGGAAUGAAAAAGAUUGUUGCCCUGAAAAUGGCAGAAUCCGGAAACUAUAGAUACUUCGAAGGAAACGCAAUGCAGUCCUCAGUUUACGAAAGUGAUGUCAGCAAUUUCCAAACGAUGGAUAGCCUCGUGGAGAUUAGCGAGUGGCAAAGCCCAUUGGGCGCGGAAGAAGGCACGUGCCAGUCAGCGUUAGCAACUAUGACUAUAUCAAACGCUACAGCAAAUGUUACAGCUAAUCUGCCCAAAGCAAAUGUAACCAUAGCAACCAAAAGCAGCCCACAAGCUACAGAACCGACCGCUUUUUCAACGACAGCUGCGACAAAGGAACCUGUCGCUAAAGUAGCAGCAAACUUGGAAUCUAACAAAAACAGUGCUGAAACCCUGGCUGGACUUUUCGUACAUUUGUUCCUGUUUUCUGUGCUGGUAACAAUCGUCAUCAAUUAGUUGACAUUUCGUUAAUGACGUAUGACAUAUUAUAGAACAUUGGAGAAAUGUUCUAAGAUAUAGAAAGGACUUUCUUAUUCCUUGUGAUAUCCGUUUUACUUUACUGGGAAUUCCGGACAUCGAGAAAGUGAAAGUAAAUGACAACUCUCGCUAAUCUAUUGCUACGGAAAUUCGACCAGAUUUAUCAUUUUUCGAAGUUCAUAUGGCUGACAGACUUUUAAUUGUAAAAAAUAUUUUAAGUAAUGUUUGGUUCUAUAACGUUUAUCUGUAAAACAUUGCGACAAAAUGAUUCUUGUUUUAACUAUUAUGGCGGUAUAAGCUUAACAAUAGGUUGAAAUGGUAACAUCCUCGUUACCAUGGAGAUCCAAAUCAUAUACCACCGUUAAGGUAAUUACCUUGCUUUAGAUUAGUCAAUCGUUGUCAGAUAGUCUUCAAACAUAAAAAAUGAAGAAGAAAAAAAAAGGGAAAAAAAAAAAAAAAAAAAACCAAAUUAAACAAAGGAGGGCACUCUCCUUAAUAAGAGACUUCAGCACCAUCUCGACUUUUGGAGAUAUAAGGACAUCCAAAGUUAAUGCAUGUAUAUAUGUCCACAUAUCUAUUGUGGGAGACGCCCAUUAGGCCUGCUUAAAGAAACCUUCAAAUCGUCAAGUUCGUUUGCAAAAUGGUGGCGUGUUGCAAUAUGUAGACUGAGGAACAACGUAAACUGUGCAAUAUGCUGUUUAAAAGUGUUUUCACGUUAUGUGACUAUUUGUCGGGCUACAACGGACCUUCGUGACAUGUACGUGGCACUGUUUACAGACAAAUAUGGUAUACGGCUGUUUGUGUAUCCGACAAUCUCAAACCCGAGAAGUUCCCGAGGUACUCUUCCCUGGAAAACCGCUUCCAGAAGCUAUACUAGAAAAUGUAUACAGGGGAACACCAAGAAUUCCUUAUAGACAUUGCCAAAUACUGAAGAAGUGCUGCUCAUGGGAUAUUUAUCAAAAUGAUAUCAAUUAUCUAAUGAACUUGGAGAAUACAACAAAAAGUCAUCAUUUAAGAUUUGAAGUGAUUACCAUACCGGAAGUGAUAAACACAUGUAGCUAGAUAAGGGCAUAGAAAGAAUAUGGACACGUAUUCAAAUUAUAUCUCCUGUAAAUCUCUAAACAGAUGAAUAAAACAUUUGAUUGAUUGAU